GAAGAUGCUGCGCAAAGUCCCGCGGCGCAAAAUCCUGCUGCGCAAAGUCCCGCAGCACAGAGUCCCCCAGAGCCUGGCAUUGCCAAAUCUACAGCAGCAACUGCAGCAGAUGGUCAGCGAAAGGAUGCGGCAACCUCAGCGAAAUACGUCAUGGGAGAAGCCGAAACCAAUGACUGUCCACCUGGCAGCAAGCCUCUGGAGGAAUCAGAUGAGUGUGAAGUUGCGGCGAGCAACCUUGGGAAGACCUAUCAAGGGGAGGGCAAUCCGGCAGAGAUUGAUCCGAAAGGAUGCAUCUUCCGGAUUCCGGACCAGGAUGUGUAUUGGAACACGCACGAAACAGGUGCCCCGCAUCCGGCCCGGCAGCCCAUUUGCCGAGAAGCCCUGACCGCCUGA